AGUGAAAUAAUCUAAUACUUUACUGAGCUUCAAUAAGAUGUUCUCAUUUUUAUUUGUUUUGAUGCUAAGACCUAUCUAGUUAUGUGGGAGCAAAGUUAAAUCCUUAAUGUUUGGUGGCUGAUAGCAUGUUACAGGAAGUUCUCUUUAAGCACAGGAUCAAUGUGCUCGAUUACUUGCAUUCUAAACCCCAGAUCUUUCUGAUUUUGUUUUUUCCCCACUAAUCCACAAAUAGAAGGAAUGGAUUUGAAAAGAUGUGAGGUGCAGCAUCAGGAAGGGGAAGAACCCCAGUCUUUUGGUGUUCAGGGUUCAGGCUAAAGAGACAAACCGCAGUACAUUCCUGUUAAAUCAUAGCGUAUGUUGCACAAAAAGCAGCAUCUUUGGGGAACCUGUGUAAAGGUUGAGUGCACCAUUUUGCAGCUAAACCCCCAACCAAGCCACACAUUUUAACGGAUUAGUAACAAACUGCUAGUGAGCAUCCUUCACUGCGGCAGGCUCCUGGGUUGUUAGUGCUGCACGGUGCAGUGACUGCCUCUCCUGCUCUGCCCACCACAGCCCCAGGGGCUGGGGGGACCCAGGAGUGAACUUUUAGUUCCUCUUAGUUUUCAGAUUGCACUGAAAAUGAACUAGUAUGUGUGUAGAUGGUGCUGGGUGUCAUCCUGGAAAUUACUGUCUCUGCCCCUUCCCCAGUUGCUCCUACUGACCAUAAUGGGCACUGGAAAGAUCCCAUCCCCCUAGUUGGUUGUUCAGAACUGGGCAGUUGUUUGCUCCAGAGCUGGUUUUGCCCAACCACCAGUUCUGGUACAUCAUUGCCAUCACUGUAAUCUUCAAUUAGAAUAGUAUUAAUCAUUUGGAUUUUCUUUAUGUGCUGCAGUAAAUAAGAACUCUCAUCAGUUAAAACUUAGGUAUUAGAUCACCAGAACAAAAAUGGGUUGAAGCACUUAAGUCUGAAAGUUCCGUGUACUGGUAUGCUUUUAUAUGCACUUGGGUCUGUUAUAAAACAUCGUGUGCUUUCUUGUUUUCUCUCCUGAACAUUAGAGGAUUCCCUUACUUUAUCUGCACACACAGUGCACACACUGUGUUCUUUUGUCAGCAUCUUUUGCUCCUUCAGAUCCUGUCUUUGCUGUUUAUUAAUAUUCCAAAAGUUCACAGUCAAUGCAUCCUCAUUGUAUGAUAUACUUUUAUGGCAGUGUGAAACCAUAGAUGUGAAUAUCUCAGUAGGAACUGAGGCUGGGAAGAAGGAUCUCUGGACGGUGCUGUUUGUUACCAAGCCUCUUGACCUCAAGCAGCUUGUGUAUUUUGGAGUUUCACAUUAGGUGAAGUCUGCUAGGUCUUGGCUGCCUGCCCUUACUCAUGGUAACUCAACCAGUCUAGGAGCUCAAAAUAUCAUUGAGGUUUGAAGGCGGCAAGGGGGUGCUAGUUUAACGUGACAUUAAACGCCCGCCUUUUCACACUCAGGCGGCUGAGGACUGGGGGAGGAAUUCAGAGCCUUCCUGCCCGCGGGGACAUGGGCCCCGCCGAGCGUUUCCUUCAGCUCUGCUGGGGGCCGGGCCGGAGACACGCGGGGAAAGGCGCCGGCGUACACGACCAGCGCGGCUUGUCCGGGAAGGGCGAGUAGCACCGGGCAGGCCCCCGUCCCCGCCCGCACGCCCACCCCGCGCCGGCGAAAGGGUGUUGCCGGGGCGGGCGAAGGGCGGGAUAGGGGGGCGGGUUAUCGAGGGGGAAAAGCAGCGACUGUUGGUGCAGACGAAGCCCAUACUCCGUGCUGCGGCCGGCGGGUGGGGGUACCGGUUCGUGUCUCGCCAUGGGGCUGCAGCCCCGGCGCGCAGCGGGGCCCUGUCCGCCCGCGGGGAGAUGCGCCGCCCUGCCCGGAGCGCGCACCACGGCUGCCUGGGCCCGCAACGAGGAGACAGACGGGGCUCCCGGCCGCACCGCGUCCCUGCCGCCCAUCCUCCCGGCCCCCGUCGCCGCUGCUUCUCCCGUCGCCGCCCGGGUGCAGCCCAAGAAGCCGCUGGCGGUCCCCAAGAAGCCAGCGCCUCGGCCCACGGAGGAUAAAACGACGAGGAAGGCGCGGGGGGCACCCCCGGAGCGGGCGGGUCCCCUCUCCAGCUCCUGGCCCUGCUCCUCCCUGCAGCGGCAGCCGCCGCGGAGGCCGCCGGCAGAGCGGGGGUCGCGGCCCCAACCCGCCCCUCUGCAGCCGCGGGGGCGCCCGGAGGCGCCGGCGGCGGGCAGCCGCCCGUGCGAAAACCUCAGCGGGGCGGCGGGGCAGACGGCGCUGCGCCUCUCGCUGAGCCUGCCGCCGGAGGCCGUCCGGCUGCUGCAGCGCCGCAGCCUGGAGCGGCAGCGGGGGCAGCCCGCCCCCUCCCCCGGCGGCAGAGCGACCCCGGCGCGGCGCGGUGCUCGGGCGGGCGCCGGCGACUUGCGCGCCCUGCUGAAGAUUUCGUUGCUCAACGACAGGCACCGCUACGACGACGAGGAGUACGAGGAGGAGGAGACGGCGGUGGCUGCGGUGGACGAGGGGCUGGUGCGGAAGUGCACCGAGUGGCUGCGCGGCGUGGAGAGCGCUGCCGGGCGGGACGGCCCCGACAGGCUGGAGACGCUGCCGCACCUGGGCGCCCUCUGAGACCCGCCGCGGGCUCCGGGGAGCGGCACGGCUGCCGCCGCCUAAACGGGCGGUGGGGUCCGGGGAGGAGGCGGUGGCGGCGCUAUCCGUUAUCCGUAGCCGUUGUGUCCUUUGUGGUGUUGUCCGCGUCGGGAAGACUCGGCGGGUGACGGUGAGGGCUGGGCGCGGGGCCCACGGCCCGGAGCCGAUGCCCGGAGUAGCGCCGCCGUUGGGGCGAGGGACAAAGGAGCGGCGGCCUCCGCCCGCCAGUGCCCGGGUGCUGGGAGCGAUAGUGGCCAGCUGUGGGCGCCCUCCCUCGCCCCCCGUUUUCUUUUUUUUAAGAUUUCUGACUACUUUGUAAGGUAUGCGUAAUGAUUUUGUAUAUUUGUAUAUAAAAGCUCAUUUUUAUUUAUUUGAAUAAAUGGCCCAUUUUUUUUUGUGA